CAGUAUUGAUGCCUAUCAUAUCAUGCCAUGUUGAUGAUAUACCUAUCAUAUUUACAAACAGGAUAGAAAAGGAAAAUGAUAAAUGCUGGAUUGGAUAAAGGGAAAUAGGGGCACUAAUAGCAUGUCGAUGGCAUUGUGAAGUAAGUCAACCUUUCUGGAGCUGCCCAACAUGCUAAACAAAUUCUGUAUACACUUUGAUCUAGCAAUGCUAUUACUAGAUCUUUAUCCCAAGGAGAUUAAAAAAAAAAGAAAAGGACCUACAUGUAUUAAAAAAAAAAUAGCUCUCGGCUCUCAGCUCUACACCCAAGCUCGCUGCCAGAAUCCUCUGCUGCAGUUGCAUCCUUUAGACAAGAUGGUGAAGGUCGGAGUCAACGGAUUUGGCCGUAUUGGACGCCUGGUGACCAGGGCAACAUUCAGCUGCAAAGACAUAGAAAUUGUGGCCAUCAAUGACCCCUUCAUUGACCUCUCCUACAUGGCAGAGAAUGGAAAGCUGGUGAUCAACGGAAAACCCAUUACCAUUUUCCAGGAGCGGGAUCCCGCUAACAUUAAGUGGGGAGAUGCUGGAGCCGAGUACGUUGUGGAAUCCACUGGCGUCUUUACCACCAUGGAAAAGGCCGGGGCUCACUUGAAGGGUGGAGCCAAGCGAGUCAUUAUCUCUGCCCCUUCUGCUGAUGCCCCAAUGUUCGUGAUGGGGGUGAACCAUGAGAAAUACGACAAUUCCCUCAAGAUCGUCAGUAACGCCUCCUGCACUACCAACUGCUUGGCCCCCAUGGCCAAGGUCAUUCAUGACAACUUUGGCAUUGUGGAAGGACUCAUGACCACAGUCCAUGCCAUUACUGCUACCCAGAAGACAGUAGAUGGCCCCUCUGGCAAGCUGUGGCGGGAUGGGCUUGGGGCUGCCCAGAAUAUCAUCCCUGCUUCCACGGGUGCCGCCAAGGCUGUGGGCAAGGUCAUACCUGAGCUGAACGGGAAGCUCACAGGCAUGGCCUUCCGUGUUCCUACUCCCAAUGUGUCUGUGGUGGAUCUGACCUGCCGCCUGGAGAAAGCUGCCAAAUAUGACGAUAUUAAGAAGGUGGUGAAGCAAGCUGCAGAGGGGAACUUAAAGGGCAUCUUGGGCUACACAGAGGACCAGGUAGUAUCCUGUGACUUUAACAGCGACACCCACUCUUCUACCUUCGAUGCUGGCGCUGGCAUUGCCCUCAACGACCAUUUUGUCAAGCUCAUUUCUUGGUAUGACAACGAGUACGGUUACAGCCACCGUGUAGUAGACCUCAUGAAGUACAUGGCCACCAAGGAGUAAAGUGGAAAGCCAUGAUGGAUCUUCAUCCCCAGCCAAAAAAAGAGUAGUUCCACCACUGGGGAGCCCACAUCCAUAAUAACCUAUGUCCCUGUGCUGGGGAUCCCAUGCCCUCUUCACAUCCCUGCCCCAGGCACCCCUGUAGUGGGGGGAGGAGCAUAGUCCUAUCUUGUGUACCAUCAAUAAAGUCAUCACGUUCAGUGCAAAAAAAAAAAAA